CAUCUGGCUGCUUGCACCUUGCCAACUCUUUACCAGAACAACCAACUCAGCACAUGUCACAAGUUCUUGUUGUGCAUAGCAGGUAAGCUUCUCCGACGAAGAGACUAGUGUCCAGGGUCAAGGUAGCAAUGUCAAUCGUUACGCCAUCGAAGACAUUCACACCCGGCCUGGAGUUCCAAAACAGACAGUACUUCGACCCAGAGAAGAAGUUUCACGAUGAAGUAGCUGCGGCGCUCGGCAUCGUGCGGGAUAGGCUUCCAAUUUUGGGAGAGUUGAGAGCGCUUUUGAAGCUCACAUUUGGGGAUGCCACAUAUUCCAUCCCCCCGAUUUUCGUCGACGCCCGCUCUCACCAGACUCAGCUUCUAGACUCAGUAGGAGCUAACGUCAAGGUAGACGUAGAGGUGACAAUCAAGCCAGAGUACGUUGUACGCUUCCAUGAAGGCACUUUGGAUCCCCGUAUGGGACUCUUCAUGGAUGCUCGCGUAUACGAACCAUCGGUGCCAAAGGGCGACAUUCCCAAGCUGAUCCGUUUUGCGGACCUACUCAACAAAUCACCACCCUCCCUGCUGGGCAAUGCUCAAGACCUUGACCCAUCCGUCUUGCCUCAGCCAACCGAGGAUAUUGAACAGAUCAAAAAUGACCUGAUCGAGUACGGUUACGGACUCGUGAAGAACGCCUUGCUCCCUAAAGAAGUCGAGAUAAUCAAGAACGCGGUCCUCCAGCAGGCAGCCGGAGAACGACAAGCGGGGGUCGCCACGUUCGACGGCGGUUCGAAGGGGCCCAACCAGCGUGUCUGGAACCUCAUCAACAAAGGAGACGAGUUCAUUGAUUUACUCAAUCACCCACUCAUAGACGCGAUUGUUCCGUGGUUUCUGGGGGACCAUGCUCACAUUUCAACGCUGUCGGCCAACAUCGCGCGACCCGGCAACGUGCCGAUGCAGCUUCACACCGACCAAUCGUCCAAAACGCCGCCGCAGCGCGACUUGGCGUUGGGUCUGAACAUUUCCUUCUACCUUGUGAACACCACCGAUAUCAACGGGGCAACGCGGGUGUAUCCGGGUUCCCACAAGGGCAACGUCGCACCCAGCGAUAUAUGGACUGUGGAGGGUUCCAUACCGGCCGAGGGCCCGGCCGGGACCGCGGUCGUGUUCGACAACCGCCUCUGGCACACGACAGGGCCGAACCGUGCCAGCGAAGGCGAAGUCGAGCGUCCGGUGAUACUGCUUCACUUCGUGCGGUCCUUCGUGCGCGCCGGCGAGAACCACUAUCUCUCCCUGCGCAAAGAUGUCGAGGCGAAGCUGCCCGACAGGCAAAAAGCCUUUUUCGGAUUUCGCAAGAUCCCCGGCAUGGGGUCGGUCGAAGGGAACACUACUCCGGGCAAUGUGACUCGAACGGAUGAUGCCAUUGGACCGCUGCGUACAUCAGGUUAAGAAAUGGAGACAUGGGACACAGCCGCCUAAGAGCGAUAGAAUUGACGCUAUUCAUAUGUCUUAUUUGACUCAAAUCUUUCUU